AUGUCCAACCCACGCUCCUACUGUAGUCAACGUAGCCUAUCCCGUGUUCAAAGUCAUUCACACUCGCCCAUAGCCUACCCACACCCAACCCAUACUCAACCCACGAUCCACCCAUGCCAUUUCACACCCACACAAAGCCCACACUUCACCCAACCCACACUCCACACACAAACCUGUCCGCACUCCACCCACACCGUACCCACACCCCAAUCCACACUCCGCCGCAUCCACCCACAACCGACCCACCUCCCCGCCCCCCAGGAACACGUCCACAACGACCCCACCUCCCCCCCAGCCCCGCCCCCAGCAACACGUCCUUCAGCCCCGCAAAAGUGUCCCCCAGGAUGCCUCGUCGUGGCGUUGGAAAGUUUAUUACCUCUCCUGCAGGCGACGAAGCAGAAGUAA